UGUGUAAAAACAUGCAACUCCCUUUGCUUAUACAACUCGUGUACGUGACAGCUCUGAUCCAGGCUGCAUAUAUACCCGAUUCGGAUCGUAAUACACAGACGUUGCACAAUGAACUCAAUGUGGAUCCGGAUGGCAGCUAUAGUUAUGCGUAUGAAACGUCGAAUGGCAUUACGGGAAAACAAUCCGGAUUGGGAGGCAUUGCCGUGCAAGGCGGUUCGAGUUAUAUCUCACCAGAGGGCACGCCCAUUAGCAUUAGCUAUGUGGCCGAUGAGAAGGGCUAUUAUCCCGUGGGUGAUCAUAUACCCAAGGUGCCCGACUAUAUAUUGCGCGCAUUGGCCUAUAUCCGUACACAUCCGUAUCAGGUCAGGGACUACUAUACGGGCGAGCUGAAGACUGUGGCGCACGAUGCGGAGGCCUUUAAGGUGUACGAACGCGACAUACAGGAGCCAACGACGCCGCGUACUCGACCCAGUGUUACGCCCAAGGUGGUGCAUCUGACACAUGCACCACCCACGCAACGCUGAGGGCGAUCGAAUGAUCCACAUUGGGUGCAUGGAGACGGAUGAUGAGUCGGGUUCGGGGCGGGCAGGGAAAAUGGCAGACUGACAGACAAGCCAGACGCAAACUGUGAAUUUGAUCUAAACAAUUAAUUAAUAGAUGUGCUAAGACAAAAAAAAAAAUAAUAAUAAUAAAAUCAAAAAUAUACAAAAAGAAA